GAAAGUUGAAUCAACUGAGAGACCACCACUACCAAGACUAACGGAAGCUUCCUGAUCUCCUGUCCUUUUCAAACUGGAACUGAAUUUAUUUACAUCAUCAGAUAGCGCGCUCUAAAUACUGUGUGCGUUACAAUGUCAUGAAAGGCAGUUCUAAUUCCAGAGAGUUAUGGCUUCUGAAGAACUCAAUAACCUAAGAAAACCAUCUGCAAGACGUUCGAAGCCUAAUAUGGCGGCUCUAGUAGACCAGCAGAGGCUUUUCGAAAAUCCUUGGAGUCGAAAGUCCUUAUUCCAGCUAGAAUCACUCGUACCAGUUGUAUCUUUGCAUGAUGUAGGAUCUCACCCAAGUAGUAUUGAACGGGUUGAUAUGACUUCAACAUCCCUUGCUGAAAAACGUUUCCUCAAACAUCCAUCUCACUCAGUUAAGUCCGUCAAGGAUGGCGACAAUAUGACUGUAAACCGUGGCUCCCUAUGUGUUUACUCAUUUAAUAAAUUGGAAGCGAAUAAGAUUCAUGGUCAGGCUUCAUUCUCUUCAUCUGAUGAUUCAGAUAUUAUGGAAAACAAUAAUAUAACUUCAGUUGAUGAAGAUGAUGAUCUACCUUUGUCUACAUUCCUUCCCUUGAAAUCAGAUACUUUGACCAAUAAUACAACUAUUAUUACCAAUCAUCAUUAUCAUAAUAAUAAUAAUAAUACUAACAAUAGUAUUCAUGAUGAAAAAAAUUUCAUACCAUUUUGUCCAUGUACAAAACCUGCAGUUCUAGAUGAUCCACGUUUAGAUGGAUUAUUUUGUUCACCUGAAUGUCUUAUACGUGCAUGUCAUGAAGCAUUUGAUGUAUGGUUAAGAAAUCAUCAUUGUAUUAAAAAUAAUUCUAUAAUUUAAGUAAUAGAAAUGAAUGCAGAUGAUAGUUAUGCUUUCAUAGUAUUUGUUAUAAAUCUCAUUUAAAUGUGUACAUAUUUAUAAAUAUUGUUCGGAAUCGCUUUUGCUAAUCAAUGUUGAAUCAAAUCAUUUAUAUAUACAUAUAUAUGGAAUGUUUGUAUGAUUGAAAUGUGUACAGAUCAUUAUGUAGAAAGAACCAUAUUCUAAUGUUGUUCUCUUUUUUAUUAUUAUUAUUAUUAAUCAACAGCAUUUAUAUGAAUUGUGAAUAGGAAAUCGAUUUUGUGCACAAGAAAUAGUAGGGAAAAGAAGCAAAUCUAUGUAUGUAAUUAAACAAUAUAAUAUCCGAGUAAAAUAUCCAGUGUGUGCUUUUUUUUUAAGAAAAAAGAUAUCAGUAAUUCAUUUGUUUGAGCUGCUU